CCGAAGCUUUCACGAGAGGACACCGCAGCAUGGUGGCGCGGCGGCAGCCCGGCCAACCAAACUAAGCUUAGCCCGGCCAACCAACACAGCAAGCGGCAGCCGGAGGCUUAAGCCACGGAGUCGUGCACUCCCAAGCUGUAGCAGCCCUGGGAGCAUCUCCUGGGAUCCCGCGGCGCCCGGCACCGCGAACGAAACGUCUUAGAGCAGAGGGAGCAGCCCUAGAAGCCAACAGUCAAAAUGGUGCUCCCCCGGCCGCGGCGCCUGUCCGGCAUCGACAUGGCGCCCGCCGAGCCCGAGAACACGCAAGAGCUCGGCGCCACGAUGGUCUCCGGGGGCGUGCAGAUCUCGAAGACGCGCGGUCUAACGGUCGAUGGCGAGCAGCACGGCGCCAUCAAACGAGACGAUCUGAGAUUUGAGCCGGGCGCGCUGGGCGCGGGCGCGUGCUCCGUCGUGCGCCUCGCGCGCCACACGGCUACGAAUCAAAGGUACGCCGUGAAGCUCUUUGCUAUUUUCGACGACGCCAAAAGGAGGCAGCUCGUCGAGGAGAUCCGUACAUUAUUUAGUCUGGACUGCGCGGCGCUCGUGCAGUUCCACGGUGCUUAUCUGGAUGGGGCCACUGGCAAGGUCGGCGUCGUGCUGGACUACAUGGAUGCUGGUAGCGUCGAAGGCUUGAUCCAACAGCGGCGAGCGCCUCUGCCCGAGAAGGUGGCCGCCUCCAUCUUAUACCAGUGCUGCUGGGGCCUCGGCUAUUUGCACUUCGAGCGCCGGCUACACCGCGACGUCAAGCCGGGCAACAUAUUGCUCAGUAGUCGGGGCGAGGCGCGUCUGUCGGACUUUGGCAUCAGCAAGGCUCUCACCGACGAGGAGGAGUCGGCGAAGACCAUGGUCGGCACGUUUAGGUAUAUGGCGCCCGAGCGGUUGCGAGGAGACGCCUACAGUUUUGAGUCAGACGUCUGGGCAGCCGGCAUGGUGCUCUUGGAAUUGCUGCGGGGCGACGCCGUCUUCCCGCCGUCCUGCACGCCGCUCGACUUGAACGGCGCUUGCGAGCGGCUCGCGCGGGAUUUUGUGGCGGAGAAGCUCGCGGGCGUCGACGUCUCAACUGAUUGUGUCGACUUCGCCGAGGCUUGUUUGCGGCGGCGCGCCGAGGACCGGGCGCUGCCCGAUUUAUUAUUGGGCGGCCCCUGGCUCGCGGGCCUGGACCUCGAGGGCUGUUGUGUGACCCUGGCGCCCUUCCUGGCGAACCUGCGAUCGGCAGCGGCGGCGCGGCCGCCGCCCGCGCCGCCCGCGCGGCAGUCUUCCACGUUCGCCGCGGACCUGAGCCUCAUCCAGACGCUCGACGCGUCCUCGGACGACGACGACGAGGCGACGGUGGAGGGUUAAGUUAGUUUAAUUUGAUAGCGUCCUGUAACACACUAGCGAGCACGGAGAGCGUCGAGUUUUGCCAGGCAUAAAAACUGCGCUGGCGAGCCCAUAGAUCACUGAGUUCAAAGCAGACACAUUACAGACC